AUGAAAAAUCUGAAGAAUUCAUAUUGUGAAAUUGAUAGUAGAAGUUUAAAUACAUCAAAUUGGGAGGAUGACGAAAUAUUUAGUAAUAACCUAACAAGUAUAAAUAAGAUAAAUUUUAAUGAUUUAACUCAAGAUUAUAAUUUCGAUGAUUUGAUAAUCUAUUUUGACAAUGCAUUACCAUCAGAUAUUGUUUUAUAAUUACAAUUUAGAUGCAAUUCAAUUGUAAUUCCUAUCUACAAUGAUUAAUACCCAUAUAAUUUGGUAAAUUCUCAUACGAAUUACAAAUUAAGGAUGAAUAUUAAGACUUUGAGUUGUUAAUAUGGCGAGAUAAAAAAUAGUACUGAUUUUUCUUGUAUUCCAUGUAAUAGCGAUUAAGGGCUUUUUUCAUUAAACAUAAAUUCUGAAAAAUGCCAGUUGAAGGAUGAUAUUUCAACUGUAAGUGUUUAACCUGCUUUAUUAAAUAUAAAAUUUGGAUUUUGGAGACCUUAUUUUUAAAGCAAUAUUGUCAGUUAUUGUUUGAAUUUAGAAGAUAAUUGUUUAGGAGGUUGGGAGGAAGGUGACAGUUCUUGUUUUAUAGGACAUAUUGGAGCACUAUGUGAAUAAUGCGAUUUAUAUAAUACAAGGGGAGAUGGAGAAUAUUCGGUUAGUUAGAAAUAUUCUUGUGGAUCAUGCUUGGAGAAGGAGAAAAAUGCAAUAAUUAUAACUUUCGUGAGUAUAUGGUACAUAUUAUAAAUAAAAUCAUAGGACCUUGGUUUCGAUAUUAGUUUCUGUGCAAAGUACUUUAAAAGACAUAGAAGAAUUUGUUAGAAUUAUCAGUAUAAUAUUGCUAGGGUUAGCAGUUACUUAAAAUACAAAUCAAUCUGCGAUAUUAAUAAAAAUGCUGACGAAUUAUUUGUAGAUCAUUUCUUCUAUAGCUACAUUCUAAUUAAAAUUACCAAAUGGACUCCAAAGUAAAGUUGAUAAAUGA